ACAUGCUUUCCGUAAGGAUUAUUUAGACAUACAUUUUAUCAUGUUGCACCGAAAUGUCUUUCGUGGAGGUCAAUAAUCUGUGUAUCACCCAUGAGGUCUUAGUCUGGUUUAUGUUGUGCAUAUACAAAAUUUCAUGCUAUAGAGUCAAGACACAGACAUAUGCUAGUGUGCACAUUGUUUCAUGUGGGCUUUCUGCAUCAAUUCACCGUUCAUGGGGAAAGAUAAUCUGCCCAACUUCCUUGUUUAAUUAAUAACUAUCAGUUUGACCUGACGUCUUUUCUGUUAGUUUGCUGUAGUUGACCUGUGCUCAACAAAGUCAUUAAACCUAGUUAUAUUCCACAAGUCCAUUUGUGUGGAAAGCGUCAAUGACCUCAAGAGAGUGCAAGGGUUUAUGCAAACAAGGCAGCAGAAUUGCGUUACAGUUUAAUGACUUUGAGUCACUCUCCAAGUUAUUGGAGUAAUGGCGUUCCAGUCAAUCGUUGGCGACCAAAGUUGAGACGGCUGCCCGCCACCAGUACUUACCUGACAACCACCCAUGAUGUUCACAGUCCAGGGGUUGUGUGUAUUGCACCUGAUGUUGAGUGUAUGCAGUUGACUGAUGCAACUUGCGCCCUACAUGGUGAGACUGAGAGCCGUAAUCAUCAGGUAUUUCCUCGUGGUCCAGAUGGGGACAAGAUUUGAAUCGUGAAUCAUCUUGGACAAUUUGAUUGCGGCCAAGUUCGUAUACCUGUACAUGUACUGUAACCUUGGAGCUUUGGACGAGCACCUGAUUCUGUGUUUCGAGGAUAUCCCAAGUUCAUCGUACUGUGACCUGUAACCUUUGAACUUUGGACGAGCACCUGAUUCUGUGUUUCGAGGAUAUCCCAAGUUCAUCGAACUGUGACCUGUAACCUUUGAGCUUUGGACGAGCACCUGAUUCUGUGUUUCGAGGAUAUCCCAAGUUCAUUGUACUGUGACCUGUAACCUUUGAACUUUGGACGAGCACCUGAUUCUGUGUUUCGAGGAUAUCCCAAGUACAUCGAACUGUGACCUGUAACCUUUGAACUUUGGACGAGCACCUGAUUCUGUGUUUCGAGGAUAUCCCAAGUUCAUCGAACUGUGACCUGUGACCUUUGAGCUUUGGACGAACACCUGAUGCCGUGUUCGAGGAUAUCCCAAGUUCAUCGAAAUGUGAUCAGUGACCUUUGAACUUUGGACGAGCAUCUGACCGUGUUCGAGGAUAUCCCAAGUUCAUCGAACUGUAUACUUUGAACUGCACAUGUGUUUGAUUUAUUGCUUGAUUGUUGUGUAAUUUUCUUGCUAAUUUUCAAGUAAUUUUACUUGUAGUGUUUGAUAUCUCACAUAAUUUACAUUUUCUUCACAUAAUUGUGUUGAUUGAUUGAUUGACUGGUUGGUAAAAUCUUUUCUGAUUUAUAUAAUAUUGGUAUUGAUCAUAACGUACUGCUAUUCCAUUUUCACUGCUGUAAUUUGAUAGUUCACAAUGUCAGUUUCAAAUGCCAGUAAAUCCAGCAAAGCUGGUACUUCCAGUUCAAUUAGUAGUGCUAGGCUCAAGGCAGCUGCUACUUUAGCAGGCCUUCAGGCAGAAGCCGCAAGCAGGAUAGCAUUGAAAGCCAUUGAAGAGGAAGAGUUGAGACUUGCUCAGCGUAAGCGAGACUGCGAACUCCAGCUGGAAAUUGCCAAGGCAGAGGCGGAGCAAAGGGCUCUGGGAGACAUUGAACAAUCUUCACAUGAAGAGGAGCCUAAGCUAAGUUUACAUGGGUCGACGGCUGCAGAGAAGGUGGAUCAGUGGUUAACUGGUAACCCGCAGCCAUCUGCUCCAGUGCAGCCAUCAUCGUCCAUGUCAGCGAUUCCUUUGCAACGUGAGAUGAUUGACACGCUGCUCUUGCCGAAGUGUGAGCUGGUCAAGUUCAAUGGGGACCCUCUUGAAUACUGGAUCUUCAUCUCUAGCUUUGAUGCAGCUGUUGGCAACACCAGCGUUGGGGCCAGCGCCAAGCUAAAUCGCCUGUUCCAGUAUUGUUGCGGAGAGGCGCUGGCAGUUAUCAGAUGUUGUGCUGUCAUGCAGCCGGAUGAGGGCUACACAAAGGCAAGAGCAUUGCUUCGUGAACGCUUUGGUAACGAUUACAGGAUUUCGGAAACUUGGGUCAGUAAACUUACAGAGGGCCCGCGCAUCCUGCCAGGGGAUUGCAGAGGUAUCCAGAAGUUAGCUGACGAUCUUCGGAGUUGCACACUCACUCUGACAGCGAUGAAAAGGCUUGGAGAAGUUGACACUAAAAGGAGCCUUAGCCUCAUCGUAAAGAGACUGCCACAAUACGUGCAGGGUAAAUGGCGUUCGAAAGCUGUGGGCAUUCUGGACAAGACUGGCCACUACCCCAAUGUUGCAGAACUUGUCAAGUUUGUCAGCAAGGUAGCUCGAGAGGCAAAUGAUCCUGUUUAUGGUUUGGAGAACCGGCACAGCGAUGAGAAAUCACCCAAGAAGAAGGGAUCCAACUACAAUAUCCAAGCCACCGGUGAGGUCGACCACAGGUCUCGGGUUGGGACUGACUCGUCUAAGCGUCAAUGUGGCGAGAACGAAUUGGUGAAAAGGACAGCUUGUCCAUUGUGCUCUGGGGGACAUGCACUCACGGCAUGCAACAACUUUGGUAAGAUGUCUCCUACUGACCGAGUCAAAGUGGCGAGUGAAAACAAGCUGUGUUUCAACUGUCUCUGCAGUAGGCAUUUUUCAAGGCAGUGUAAAGCAGCUCCCUGCGGUUUCCAAGGAUGUAGAGGAAAACACUCGAGGUUGUUACAUGGUGUAUUCCAGAGAGCGAAUUCUGAAGAUGGAGGUGCUCCUAAAGAAUCGCCUGAUGAUCAGAAAGUCGGAGCAACAAGUCUCGCUUGUGGGUCCAGUCAAGAACACUCCAAGAUAGCCCUACCAGUUGUCGCCGUGAUGGUGAGAGGUGCGGGUAGUGGGGAGUGGCUCAAGACAAAUGCUCUUCUUGAUCCCGGGAGCAACAGGUCGUUCUGCACAAUGGAGUUAGUGAAAAUGCUGGGUGUAAAGGGCACCCCACAGUCUUUGUCUCUGGACACGUUGAACGAGAAUGCACAGGUUCAAACAGUUGUGCUUUCGUUGGACGUGUCUGGAACUGUCGGCAAGGCCCAUACCAGAAAGUCUUUCUGCAUACCAGAGAUUCACGCUCUGAAAGAGUUUCCCACUCUGCGAGAUUCCUGCGCUACCCUUGAAGAUGUGAGGAAGUUCAAACACUUGAGAGACAUUCCUGUUCCAUGCGUGGCUAAAGAUGGUGUAGCGAUUCUCAUUGGACAAGAUGCCCCACAGGCCCUGGUUCCAUUAGAGGUGAGGCGUGGUGCGGAAGGCGAACCCUACGCAGUCAGAACCUGCCUUGGAUGGACGGUGAAUGGACCGUUAGCCAGUGGGAGUCCAGCAGCAGCAGUGUCCAACUUUGUUCAAGGCGGCCUUGAAGCUCAGGUCGAGCGAUUUUGGAAGCUUGACACUGCAGACCUAUCAGAUGACAGAACCAUGUCACUGGAUGACAAGAAGGCAGUCAAGACAUGGAAUGACUCAGUCAAUCUUGUUGAUGGCCACUACCAGUUAGACAUACCAUUCAAGUCGAACACUCCCGAUUUGCCUGAGAACAGGAUUGUUGCAGAAAGGCGCUUGCAAUCCCUUGCCAAGCGGUUUACCAAGGACCCCGGUUUGCACUCAAGAUACUGUGCAGAGAUACAAAAUCUGUUGAGCAGAGGGUUUGCUGAGAGGGUGCCUGAGCACGAGCUGGCAUCAUCAACGGGACGAACUUGGUACUUACCUCAUCACUGUGUUCUGAACCCCAACAAGCCUGAAAAGCUUAGAGUUGUGUUCGAUUGCGCUGCUAGAUGCUGUGGUACUUCGUUAAACGACAGAGUAUUACAGGGGCCGGACAUGAUGAACAAGUUAGUUGGAGUCCUUACCCGAUUCCGAGAGCACAAAGUUGGAUUGAUGGGAGACAUCGAGCAGAUGUUUCAUCAGGUUGGAGUCUCCAAGGAACACAGAGAUGUGUUACGAUUCCUAUGGUGGCCUGAAGGGGAUGCUACUCGACCUCCUGAAGUGUUUCGUAUGACGGUCCACCUUUUCGGAGGGGUAUGGAGUCCGAGUUGCGCUGCAUUUGCUCUGCGGCGAACGGCAGAUGACAACGAGGAUAUGUUCAGCAGUGAUGCAGUCCAGGCGGUAAAAGAGAACUUCUACGUUGAUGAUCUUCUUAAAUCCUUCAAGUCGGAGGAUGAUGCAGCAUUCAUGGUGAAGCAGCUGACGCACCUUCUAGCUAAAGGUGGCUUCCACUUGACUAAGUGGAUCUGCAGUAGCAGAAAGGUCAUGGAUUCCGUACCGACGGCUGAAAGAGCCAAGACAGUCACCGACUUGGACCUUGAUCAUGAACGUCUUCCUGUGGAAAGGGUCUUAGGAGUACGUUGGGAUACCGAAGGUGAUCAGAUUGGAGUCAAGAUAAAGUCAAGGCGAGGAUGUCACACUAAGAGAGGUCUGUUAAGCAUUCUGAGCUCCGUUUACGAUCCUCUUGGGUGCGUGUGUCCAUUUGUUCUGUUGGCCAAGCUCAUGUUCCAAAAUGAGUGUAGAAUAGUUGGGAAGGGCUGGGAUGAGCCAUUGGAAGUCAGUACGCAAGAUCAGUGGACCAGGUGGCUGGAUGAUCUUCCCAAGCUGGAGCAGUUUUCAGUUGAUAAGUGUCUGAUUCCUGCUUUCUGA